AUGCACCAUUAUGUCACUGAGGGGCAGCAUCAGAUCCCGGCCUGGCGUUUCGAUGGUUUGGGAGGCCUGCAGCGACCAGGAGCUGAGCGUGCGUCUUCCUAUCCCUGCCGCCUCCUGGUCCGGUGGGCGUCCCCCGUCGUCCGCCGGCUUUCCUUCGCCUUAUCUCGUAUUCCGCGGUCUUCAGUCGUUAUCGUCGUUGUCGUCUUCUUUCUUCAUCGUCUUCGUUCUUCUUCUGCCGAAAAGUUGGGGAGAUUCGAACAGAAGCAGAAGAAGAAGAAGAAGAAGAAGAAGAAGAAGAAGCAAGAAGCAAAACAAGAGAGGAAAAGGAAGAAAAGGGCAGAAGAAGAUAACAAGCCGAAGUUGAGACAGAAGGACGAGAACAAACAACAGGAGAAGCUCAGCUGUCUGGUGGCUGAUUGGACUCAAGAACACUCGACGGCAGCCCUCUGCCUCUACCUACACCUCUGUACUCUACCAUCCAUCUCUGUAUCUGUAUCUGUAUCUGUCGAGCACCCGUUCAUCAUGUCCCUGCCGCCUCCUCCAGGUCUCCAGCGCCCGCCGCCAUCCCAAGCCGCCUCGACGGCCCAGCCGCCGGCCUCGCUGCCCGCCCGUCCGCCAUCCACCGCAUCCUCAUACACAGCUCCGCCAACUUCCUCUACUACUCCAUCUACAGUAUCGAGGCCUCCCAGCCAUGGACCGGAUGUCUCCAGACCGGCUGUUGGCGCGGCAUUCGGGUUUCAACCUCGUGCCGUAGCCGCGCAGUCGUACCGGGCGCCUCAGACUCCAACAUACCCUACCGUAUAUAACGCGGGAUAUCAAUACCCCCAGCCGCAACACCAGCACCAGCUACCGCAGCAUCAUCAUCAACAACAGCAGCAGCAGCAGCAACAGCAACAACAACAGACAUAUCAGGCACAGCCCACGUCGUACUACGGUCAGUCGCAGCCGCAGCGGCCGUAUAACGCAUCUACAUACGGCCAACCCAAUACAUAUCAAAAGCGCAAUAACACAGGCUCAUAUGGAGCUCGGUCAGGACAAUCGCGAUACAAUGAAUCGUCUGGAGACCCUGAGAUGGAUGCCCAGAUAGCACAGUGGCAAAGUGCAUAUAUGAGCAAAGACAGUAGUGAAGCCGCCGCUGGGACUGUGGGUGCUUCUGGACCUGCUGCUACGGGAGCCAACAGCGGGCCUAUAGGUUCCUUCCAGCGUCUACAUGAUCCGUCGUCAAGCACAUCGACACCUCCUAAUGGAACAGGGUCAGGCACUGCAGCAUCUACCACGCCUAUACCAGGCGCAAACCAAGGUCUAGCUGCCGUUCCAGGCCAGGAGUCCACCGAACCCGCAAAGACCGUUGUACGAUCUGGAGGUGGCCAGACAUGGACUGACUCGACGCUGCUGGAGUGGGAUCCAGCUCACUUCCGACUGUUUUGCGGCAACUUGGCCGGCGAAGUGACAGACGACUCACUACUGAAGGCUUUCUCAAAGUAUCCAUCUGUACAAAAGGCACGAGUCAUACGUGACAAGCGAACAGAAAAGAGCAAAGGGUACGGUUUCGUCAGCUUCUCGGAUGGAGACGAUUACUUCAAGGCUGCCAGGGAGAUGCAGGGCAAGUACAUCGGCUCUCACCCGGUGCUGCUGCGACGAGCCAUGACGGAGAUCAGGCCAGUGAGUGCGAAUAAGGGGAAGCAUCUCAAGGGCAAAGGCAAGCAUGGCCAUCAUCACAGUGGAAGCGGAUACAGCAAGCCGUCUGCCACACCCGCUCCGGUGUCCUCAUCCGCGGGCAAAACAGACGGCGGCGUCAAGAAGCAGAAGACCAAGGGCGGGCUCAGGAAGACUCAAACAAUCUUCAAUCUUCUUCUUUGCUUCUUUGCUUCAGCCUUCUCUUUCAUAUUCUCUUCUCUUCCUCUUCUCCUUGUUCUCCUCGACCGGGGUUUCUCGCCGGUGCCCAUUUCUGCCACCCCCCUUGGCCCACUUGUUCUUGUUCUGCUAACGACUUUAAUACUAUUCUUCUGCUUCUUGCUUGCUGUCUUUUCCUCGCAUUGCAAGCUCUAUCUCCGUAUUCAGAUACAUCUAUCUGCUUAG